ACCAAUGGAAAUCGGCCUAAUAUGAUCUACUACGGGUUAUGAACAUUUCUGAUGAGAGGAGAGGAUGAUGAGUUCAAAAAAUAUGGACACUGCAAAGUCUGAGUUCCCUUAAAUGUAACAGAAUCGCGAAUAUUUCAGGGCUUAAAAAAUAUAAGUACUUAUAAUCACGCACACAUCCUGACAGCUCGCGAUGCUCUAUGCAAAUAUCGUUUAGUGUCGACGCCAACCACCACCAAGCCGGACGCGAUUCUUCAUACACACCAGACCUACUGCUUUCGUGCAUCGCGCUGAGGGCAUCCCCCGCCUGGAAGAAAGGGGUAAAAGUAGAAGCGAUGGGGAAGGGAAGCGUGGUAUUCGUCACUGUUUUCACCUACAUCUUCCUGACCAGCCAAGUUUCUCAAGUCAAGAGCAUAAGUGGAAGAGACUACCAUGACGAUAACGGAGAUAUUAACCAAGUCCAUCUGCCUACGAUCUGACAUGGAACCUUCUCUACACUUUCCCAGGACCGAGAAACGUAAGGAUCGAUGCCUAUGCUAAAGGUAAUUAUACAAUCUUUUCCUUGAGUCAUCUUCAUCCCAAUAAGGACCAGUACAGAUACAAGACACACUUAAUGGCGUGUGAUUCUGGCUCGGGAUUCAGUAACUGGGAAAACGUACUGAAUAAGUCACUAAAAAGGAGAUUCAAGGCAGACCCUUACACCAAUGUGACUUUCGAAGUACGAGAACAGACCACCGGCAAAAUAAUAGCAAAGAACUCUACAGUCACUCCUGCUAAAGAGCCUGAAGCUAACGUGACAAGUCUUGAAUGUAAUAAGGUGAAAUGCCAAGCUAUCGUGGAAAACGAAUGCUCUAAAUAUAAUGGUUACAAUAUAACAGUGCAAUUCACUCUGAAGCCAUCGUGUGACAAACUCAAGAAUCCCCCCAUCACACACGCUGCUGUCGUCUCUAGCAAAAUAGUAAGGGUAGCAUUAAGAGACCUGGAUCUGGUGCCUUUUACGAACUACACCGUAACCGCCAAGCUUGCCAACAACGUGGGCGCCGCCACCGACCCCUCCCUCACCAGAGAAACCUUCUUCAUCUCAAAGUCCGAAAGUCCCGGCAGAGUGAGCAGCCUGAACGUGACACAUUCAACCCCUUAUUCCUUGCACGUGGUGUGGAGUGCCCCGGACGACAAUCCACCGAAGGGAAAACUAAGCGAAUAUAAACUUGAAUGGAAGAUUCAAGAAAUGUCUAUAAAUAAAGAAAAUGUAAUAGUCAAUGAAAGUGUUACAAGUUUCAACAUUACCGGACUGCAACAAAAUACUACUUAUGAUAUCAAGAUCGUGGCUAAAAAUGCUGAAAUAAGCAGUUAUGGUGAGGCUUUCUCCAUCACAGCCACCACCAAGGACGAAGGCGCUUCCGAUCCAAGUACUGAGACAGAGAUGACCGACGCAAAAACAACUCAACGCAGCCUACGCUUCAGCUGGGACGAGUCUCGGAGUGACAAUUGCAUCACUGAUUACUACACAGUCACAUUCUUUGAUGGAGACAAGAGGACUGUGAAAAAUAUCACCGAUAAUGAAAUCAGAUUUGAUGGCCUGGCUCCCGGCAAGAAGUACACGCUAGAAGUGGAGGGAUGUCCUAGGACAGGGAAAUGUGAAAAACUGAAGACGUUUGAAAAAUGGACGAAACCAGAGAAGCCACGAGUGGUCGAGAAAAAAGAACUCCAGACAACAACAGACACCACCAUCACCAUCCAGCUGCCCGACUUGGAGAACCCCCCCGGAAUGCAUUGGAUAUUGUUGAGGAUAUGCAGCAGCGGCGGCGAAUGUCAGACAAGGAAGCAAGACUUUAGUAGAGAAGCAGAGGAAAUGGUUCGCACGGAAAGGGAGAGGGAGAAUGAAAAGAAGAGGAAGGAGACGCCGGCAAAUGGGAGGAAUCGUCGUUCCGUUGAUCCAGGCCAAAAUGAUGACUCGUUGCGUAUCGUAGCACAGAUCAAGGUGGUGGAGGGAGAGGACCCCAAGGAGACAGCGGUGGUGGGAAGCAAAUGGAAUGGCGGAAAGGGUCUGGAAAGCGAUACUGAGUACAUGGUGUUGAUAGUGACGGAGAAGAGGGCAGGUCCCUACAGUGAAUACUUCUCGUGUAAGCCCCGGAUUAUGAGGACGGCGAAGCGCCCUAAAGGCCCUUGCUAUUCUGGGAAUGAUCGCGGGCAUGUGUUUUGCUGCAGUGUCCUUCAUUUGCUUCAUCGCAAUGCUUGUGGUAAAAUGCAAGGAGCUAAGAUCCCUUGUUCUGACAGAAGCAGCAGCUUCAGGAAAAGGGUCGCUGUAACCCAGUCGAGAAGGAAGAUAAGGCAUGAGGGGAUCACAACAGUUACUAAGACCCGUAUUUAGAAACGCUUUGCUUUUUCACAACGACUGAGGUACAGUCAAAGAGGACUACGAUAUGUUAAGACAAGUAGAGUCCACCUGCCAGAUACUAUAUUAUAAUUUAAGGAAUAGAUCUUCUGUAUUAGACAGCCAAUAUACUCAAUAAUUUUGCUUUUUUUUUAUAUCUCUGUCCCUUUAUUACUGAGAUAAUGAAUAAAAUGUUCAGAAACUA